AUGGGCGACAGACGACCGUCAACGCACCCACCCAUAACUACGGAGUUCCUCAAAGCUCUCCCCAAAACCGACCUACACCUUCACUUGGACGGAUCAGUGCGCUUGACAACACUGAUUGAAUUAGCCGAGCAGGAAGGCAUUGAGCUGCCAGCCAAUACGGUAGAAGGAUUGAAAGAGAAAGUAUUUAAAGAACAUUAUGAGUCUCGCCUUGUCCCUCCGCUUACGCUUGGCAGAUACAUCGAGGUUCGGUUUGCACCUCAGUUGCACUUUAACGACAAAAUGGACAUCCCUCAGAUUGUGCACGCCGUCAACAACGGUUUGAAGCGUGCCAAGGACGAGUUCAAUGAUUGCGAUGGUGUGAAGGAGGGGUCUGAGCCUGAGUUCAACUACGGCAUUAUCUGCACAGCCAUGCGCAUGUUUGCGCCCGUGUUCUCGGAAUACUAUCGCGACUUGUCAAGGUGCCAUCAGUUUGCGCCUGAUAAAACUCUGCAGAGCUUAGCGUCAAUUGAGUUGGCUCGUGCUGCUGUGCACUUGCGCGAUAUUGACGGUUUGCCCAUCGUCGGUUUCGACUUGGCUGGAUCGGAGAAUGGUUUCCCACCGAAGAUACACAACGAAGCCUUCGACUAUGUGACCAAGAACUUCAUGAAUCGUACCGUGCAUGCUGGCGAGGCAUUUGGUCCAGAAAGUAUCGUCCAGGCUAUUGUAGGGUGCAGCGCUCAGCGAAUUGGACAUGGCUACCAUCUGUUCUCAACGGAGAACGUCACGAACAAGGACAUCAAAGACGCCGACAAGUUCGUCCAUGAUUUGGUUCAGGUACAUAUGCGCGCGCGCAGAAACCCUCUGCAGAUGGUUACCAAAACGAGUAGUCUUAGCGUAUAA